AUAACAUCCAUUUAUUGAGUGCUCACUAUGGAUGUGCCCGGCUCAGGCCUCUCGAUCAAACCCUGGCUUGUGCUCUUUGAAAUGCUGUCGGCAACAGGGAACAUUCCAGAACCCUUCCCUUCAUCACAGACCCAGAUUGAGGAGGCAAGUGGCAUCCAUUAGAUGCACCUUCAUGAAGACUCUUAGACUCGCUGCAGGUGACGCCCUUUCUCCAGCGCCAGCACUGGGUUCGAGUCCAUCUCCUUCAUGACACCACACUACCCUGGGGCUGGGGCUAUCUCCCUCAUUUCUGUAACCUUCGGGAGGAGGCAAAAAGUGCGCUGGUGUGAUGCCUGCAGACUGACACCCCCAGUGACAGGGUGCUCGGCUGGAAGCAGAGUUGGCAGCCGAGUUUUGCCGAGUUACCUCCUUGACCCAGGUGUUUCAAGUCAGUGAUCCCAUGGGAGCUUACUACCGUCCUGGGAGGCAACCAUCACCGUCAGUUUUACAAAUGAAGAAACUGAAGCUCAGAAGAGGCAGACUUGUCCAAGGUCAUGCAGUUAGGAAGAGAUACUCUGUGCUAGAAGCUCACAUCCCUUCCCUUUGGCCCUUAUUCUCUGUGGUACGGUUCUACAAGCACCGAGCUGCUAAGAGGCAAGAUUUCGGGACAAGGCACCAGAGGCAUGGGUCUCAUGAUUCCUUGGGGCAGGCACUAGGCCUCCCCCAACCUCAAAAGGGCUACGUUCUGUGCCCCUCCCAGGAAUACUGCCGGCUACAAGGAGGAGAGCAGAGCCCCACAGCUUAGCCUCUGCUCUGGGCGCACAUCGUGCUGUGCUUCGAGACGCCUCCCUCUGGCUCCCACAGACUGUUUUACCAACAGAAACACAUUUGUUUACAUAGGCAGCCCACCCCAGUGGUCAGACUACAGUGCUGUGCGCAGUCCCCAGUGUCUGGGCACACUAGAUUGUCAUCAUUUCCUCCUCUUUGACGGGUCAGAGAAAGAACCUGGGAAACCUUGGAGGGAAGAGGCUAAAGGAGAGGAAGGGGCAGAUGACCAACCUCUGGUCUUUUGCCCGCCUAGAAAUGCCACCAAGCUUCCUGGUCUGUUGCUUUGGUCCUGGGCCCCACCAGCUUCACUUCGUAGACAGCUGUCUUUCAAAGGGAUCAUACACCCCUGAGCUCACCUAAUGGUCCCCAGUUCAACCUCUCUGAGCCCUGUGCUAGGACACACCCUUCCUUCUGGUCCCCUCUGGGGGUGAGGCCCUCCCUGACCUCCUCCUUCUCCACUGUCUUCCUCACGGGGGGUUUGCCUGGCAUCUGGCCCCAUUCUCCUGAGCGGAGGGGGCCACAACUCCUGUGUAAUUUGCCCCCUCACUCCCUGGACCUGUGAAGGGAUCUGAUCAGCGGCUGCCAAAGGUGCUUUGCAUCUUAAAGCAACCUGGCCAGUUCAGUCCAUCCCCAAACUCUCCCUCCCGCUCGAGUCCCAUCUCCAGGGCCUCAGAGAACAUGCCCAACCCCACUUUUCUGUCCCAAUUACUCCAGCCUGGGCUUCCCUGAUUCAGCCCACACAUCAGCAGCCCCAGAGGAGCAGAAGAGGCCUGCUGAGAAAUUCUGGUCCCCUCAGUCUCCUGAAGGACUGCACCAAAGUCAGAGCUGAAGUUUGGGCUACAACUUAAGCCAGGGGUGUUGGCAGGGGCUGCCACCCUGGUGCGUCCGCUGUGCUGGCCCAGGUAUGGAGCUGGGGGCAAAGGCCUUGCCCCAAGCAGACAGAGGGCUUCUCUCCGCGGUGCGCCACCCGGUGGAUGAGCAGGGGAGAGCUCUGGCGGAAGCUCCUGUCACACUGGCUCAAAGCCCAAGGUUUUUGGCCCAGGAGUGUUGGUGCGGCAGCAGAUUUGAACUGUCUACAAAACUCUUGCUGCAGCUGAGUUUGGUGCACUUGUUUCUUGCCUGUGUGCGAGCACUGUAUUUAAGAAGCUUGGAUUUGUGGGAGAGGUUUUGCCACAUUCUGGGCAGGCGUGGGGUCGUUCGCCCACAUGGACUUGCUGGUGCUUGGUGAACUGGGUGCGCUCUUUAAAGCCACGCCCACACUCAGGACACUUGAAGGGUCACUCUCCACUGUAGGUGAGUCGGUGCCUUAGGCAGUCGGAGCUGCGGGUGAAGUUCUCGCUCCUCCUCCGCGUGCGAUCGCUGGUGCUUGAGCAGAUAAGAGCUGCACCCAAAGCGGUCACCACACCAGACACAGAGGCAGGGCUUCUCACAGGUGUGGGAGCGCUGGUGCUGCGCCAGGUUGGAGCUGAGGCUGAAGCGCUUGCAGCAGUCCCCCGCAGCUGUAGGGCUUCUCCCACGUGCGCGUGCGCUGGUGCUGAAUCAGGCUGAAGCUAACACAGGAAGUCUUGCCACAUUCGCCACAACUGUCAGGCUUCUCGCCCAUGUGGCCCCGCCGGUGUCCGAGCUGCGGCCAAUAACAGGCUCCUCGCACUCCAGACACUUAUGAGGCCGGAGGCCUGAGUGAGAGUGACGGUGUCGCAUGAGGUUAGAGCUCAGGCUGAAGCAACAGUCACACUGGGGACAGGGGGACGGUUUCUCGCCGGUGUGUACCCCGUGCUGCUUAACCAGAUCUGAGCCCCGUCGGAAGCUUUUGCUACACUGGAGACAGCAGUAGGGUUUAUCACCGCCGUGGCUGCUUUGGUGGAUUGAGAUCGGGGAGGUAGUCAAUCCACACUGCUGGCACUCGAAGGCUCCAGGGACCGCAGGAGAGUUGGUCUUGGCAGGAGUUUCUGUCUCCCCAGGGCCAGAGACUGACCUACCUAGGUACCGCAGGCCCAGCAUCAUUUCCCAGGCGGCCGGCUGCCCCGGCGACACCAAGGGCCGCUUGCGUGAAAGAACUCCGCAAAAAGCGGACCUUGGGAUUUUCUGGGAUCCAGACAACCGGUUCCCCCGCUGCGCGGCGCCGUCGGAGUCCUCCCUUGCCGUUUCUGGAGCCCGCUACUCCAUAGCCGGAAGAGCGUCCCGUUUCCUAGAUACCAAUCACUCAACUCACAAGCACAACCAGAGCUGAAGACUCUCGGGACCCAGGAAUCCGGCACCGGAAACGGAAAUGUCCACUAGCUCGUGCCAUUCUAGGAAGUGGCAGCAAACGGUCUCUGUGGGUUUAACCCUCUCGUUCACCUGGCGGAGCAAGUGGUCCCAUCUGCAGGCGCUAUCAGGAACUUGACACUUUCCUUUUGGCUCGAGGUUCAGACCCCAUCGGCGCAGACUUCAGUGCCCCGGCCACGGCUGGGGGGCGGCAAAGCGAGCUGUCGUUGCCAAGGACACGCUGGGGGCGGAGUAGACACGUCACCUGGAGUAGCACCUUACUGAGACUCCAAGGUCGGAGGUACUGGUCCACCUGAGGCCCUUUAGUUUCCCAUCGAUCCUAAGCUAGACGUGUUAAACUUGGCGCAGACUACAUAUCCCAGCAUGCACCGCACGCGCCUCUAGGUUUCGCACAACGAUUAGAUAGAUAACCACUACUCUCCACAUUUUUUUCUGCGACUGUGCAAGUCAGAGCACCAGGAUCGAGAACUACAACUUCCAACCUGCAGAACAGCGGCGGCGCUAUUUAAAAAGCGUCAGAGAGGCGUUGCCUGGCCACGCCCCUCUUUUCCAGUUCCGCUCCCUUGGACGAGCUGCGAGGAGAGGGGCGGAGCCUUAAGCCUGAGCCAAGAUGGCGGCUGCGAAGUCAACCCCCACGGACUCGCUCUCGUUCUGCCUCGCGCAGCUCACGGCGGCGGCCGGGGAGGGUCUAGGUGGGGGAAAGGACACAGCUACCAGCGAGACACCCUUGGGCCGUGCGCUCUUAGCCCUCCGUACGCGCCACGUCAAGGCAGCCGGGGGAAUAGAGCGCUUCCGGGCACGCGGCGGGCUCCGCCCCCUUCUCGCGCUGCUACGGCGAGCGGCUGCAGCGGGUCCCGCCCCGUCCCAGGGUGGCGCAGGCUCCGCCCCCUCGUCGGUCGAGUCAGCGGCUUCUUCUGGCCCCGCCCCUUCGCCGGGCUCCGCCCCCUCUUCUGCGUCACCAGCGACACCCUCGCCGCCAGCGCGCCUGCGCAAGACGCUGGACUUGGCGCUCAGCAUCCUAGCCAACUGCUGUACUGAAGGGGCGUGCCGAGCUGAAGUGCGCAGACUCGGAGGCAUUCUCCCAUUGGUGACUAUUCUUCAGUGUGUGAAGACAGACAGCAUCCAGAACCGAACCGCCCGUGCUCUGGGGAACUUAGCCAUGGAACCUGAGAGCUGCGGGGACAUCCACUGUGCUGGUGCUGUUCCCCUGCUCGUGGAGAGCCUGACGGCCUUCCAGGACUCCCAGUGCCGCCAGAGUGUGGUCCGUGCCCUCCGCAACCUGGCAGACUCACCCCAGCACCGCCUGGCCCUGGCCCAGCAGGGAGCGGUGCGCCCACUGGCUGAACUUCUGGCUGCAGCGCCAGAUCCUGCACUGACCUUGGCCUUGGUCCGUGCCCUCCUGGAGCUGAGUCGAGGCUGCUCCCGGGCCUGUGCUGAGCAGCUCAGUCUGGGUGGGGGACUCGGCCCACUGGUUGGCCUGGCCUCCCAUCCCAAAAGAGCCGUGCGUGAGGCUACCAUCUUGAUCCUCGCCAACUUGUGCGCCCAGGGCCUGGUGCGGCCUGCCCUGGGCAAUGCUGGGGGCGUGGAGGUGCUGUUGGGUGAACUCCGGCGGCGCCGGGGCCUCAACGGGGCAAGCCCAGCCUCCCAGCAGCCGCUGGUGCGGGCUGUGUGUCUGCUGUGCCGGGAGGCUAUCAACCGGGCCCGGCUGCGAGAUGCUGGGGGGUUGGAGCUGUUGAUGGGCUUGCUGCGGGAUCCCCGUGCCAGCGCCUGGCACCCUCGUGUGGUGGCUGCCCUUGUGGGCUUCUUGUAUGAUACAGGGGCCCUGGGCCGGCUUCAAGCUCUGGGAUUGGUACCUCUCCUGGCUGGGCAGCUGUGUGGUGAGGCUGGUGAUGAGGAAGAAGAGGGAAGAGAAGCUGCUUCCUGGGACUUCCCUGAGGAGAGGACCCCAGAGCGGGCAGAGGCUGGAAGCUUCCGAAGCCUCCAGUCCUGGCUGAUCUCCGAGGGUUAUGCUGCAGGCCCGGGAGACAUCUCUCCCGACUGGUCCCCGGAGUGCUGUCCGCCGCCGCCGGAACCGACAGAUCUGACCAGCCCCACCUCGCUGCGGACGCCCCGCGCCCUGCGCCCGCCUGGCCGCAGCCCCACCGCCUCUGCCGCCGAGGAGCCCUGGGGCCGCGAGGGGCCGGCGCUGCUGUUGCUGUCGCGCUUCUCCCAGGCUCCCGACCCCAGCGGGGCGCUGGUGACCGGCCCGGCCCUGUGCGGCCUGCUGGCCUACGUGACGGGCGCGCCGGGCCCGCCGAGCCCCCGCGCGCUGCGCAUCCUGGCGCGGCUCACCUGCAACCCCGCCUGCCUGGAGGCCUUCGUGCGCAGCUACGGGGCGGCGCUACUGCGCGCCUGGCUGGUGCUCGGCGUCGCCCCCGACGACUGGCCGGCGCUGCGCACGCGGCCAGCCCGCCGCAGCCAGCACCAGCACCGGGAGCUGGGUGAAAUGCUGCUGCAGAACCUGACAGUGCAAGCUGAGUCGCCCUUCGGAGUGGGGGCCCUCACCCACCUGCUGCUCUCUGGGAGCCCGGAGGACCGUGUGGCCUGCGCCCUGACCCUGCCCUUCAUCUGUCGGAAGCCCUCUCUGUGGCGGCGGCUACUUCUGGACCAGGGCGGCCUCCGGCUCCUCCUCUCGGCGCUUACCCGACCCGCUCCGCACCCGCUCUUCCUCUUUUUUGCCGCAGAUUCCCUUUCCUGCCUCCAAGGCCUGGUGUCUCCCACGGGGAGCCCAGCUGUCCUACCUGCAAUCCCCUUGGACCUAGACCCACCCUCCCCUUGCCUCUAUGAACCUUUGCUGGGCCCAGCCCCCAUGCCAGCUCCCGACCUCCACUUCCUGCUGGACUCAGGCCUCCGGCUCCCUGCCCAGCGAGCCGCCUCAGCCACUGCCUCCCCCUUCUUCCGGGCCCUGCUGGCUGGCAGCUUUGCCGAAGCCCAGAUGGACCUAGUGCCCCUCCGAGGCCUGUCACCCAGCGCGGCCUGGCCCAUCCUGCAUCACCUGCAUGGCUGCCGGGGCUGUGGGGCCGCCCUGGGGCCUGUCCCUCCGCCAGGCCAGCCCCUGCUGGGCUCCGAAGCCGAGGAGGCUCUGGAGGCCGCUGGCCGUUUCCUGCUGCCAGGGCUGGAGGAGGAGCUGGAAGAAGCCGUGGGCCGCAUCCACCUGGGACCCCAGGGUGGCCCAGAGUCAGUGGGGGAGGUGUUCCGCCUGGGCCGGCCACGGCUGGCUGCCCACUGCGCACGCUGGACCCUGGGACCGGGGCAGUGCCCCCGGAAGCGGGCCCUGGCUCUGGUGGGGCUUGUGGAAGCAGCCGGCGAGGAGGCUGGGCCCCUGACUGAGGCCUUACUGGCUGUGGUGAUGGGGGUGGAAUCGGGGGGCAAAGGUCCCAACCUAGACUGAUGUACCCUGGGAGGAGACCCAGGGAUGAGUUAGCUAGGAGGAGAUCUCUCUCAACGAGAGGAGGCUGAGCAGAAGGAGUCACUGUCGAGGGCCCAUGAGAGGAUGGACCUGGAGCCCAGGUUUCUGAAGACUCAGGAGUGAGAAGCCAAGGCCAGGGUCUGGGCAUGGGGCCCUUGAGGUGGAGAACAGCCCAGGGCCCCAGGCACCUGGCCUGGCCCAGCUUUAUGGAGUUGAAAUUAAAAGCUUUGGAGUCGGCUCCC